GACAGCAGUCGCCUCUUGAAAUCUGCUGACGAUUCUAUUAAAUGCUUUAAUAACUCAAUAUCUCUUCUACGGUGUGCAUUAAUGGAUGUGUAGCCUACUACACAGUCUUAAAGCUUCGCUUCGCUCAUCGAGAAGGGCGCAUUGCUGAUAGGAGGCUUCUAUGUGUUCGGAUGUUGCCUUAUGCCAUGAGUCGUGACGGAGAGGUUGCAGAGAAGGCAGUCCGCUCUUGGUGCAGAAUUGCCUCCGCGGGACAGUCGGCUCUUGUCGAAGCCCUGCGGGUCUUCAGCCCCAUGUCCACGGAUCUGGUGGAGAGCGAGACACAGCUGGUGUCCUUCCUGCAGGGUCUGAGAGACGAGGGCCACAGGCCCACUGUGUUAAAGAGCAAAGAUGUGUACGGAUACAAAUCCUGCAACUCAGAGCCACUCUGCGCAGACAAGGUCGCCAAACCUCCAGAACCUUCCAGCAGAGCCUCAAAGGUCCAGAAGCCUGCGAGGAGGAGAGGCAGGAAACCAACUGCCAGGAAGAAGGAGAUGAACUGCACACUGUCGAGAGCUGCCGCUAAGAUUAUCCUUAAGAGACAACCCAGGAUUCUUCUAACGAACCUCUCCCGGGAGUCACUCCAGCGAACUGUCCUCUCCAAACCCCCUGCUUUGACUGUCAGACCAGCCCAGAUGCCGCCAUGUUUGAAACUGACAAACAUAACAGGCCCCUCUCACGGCCCUACGGCAAGACUGCAGAUUCACACUAACCUAACGGGACCCACGCGCGGCCCCAUAGCGGGGCUGCACAUUCCCCCAGGCUUGGGGCAUAAAGGGAUUGCGGUGUCCAGUUCCCUCCGGCCACCGGCGUUGUCAGGGAUACCAGUACAGCCUUCAGAGAAGUUCAGUAAAAUGCGGAAAGUAUCUGCUUUGAAGAAAACUGCUGUUUCCUGUCCGGGUAAGGUGGGUGUGGCCAUUGUCAGAGGCCCUCCCCCAGUUGUGCAGGAGAAUGGGAGGAUUCUGAAGGAAAGCAACAACUACAAAAUGGUUCCCAUGAGAAUGGGCAAAGCCAGCAGGGCUAAGAUAGCGUGGAGGAAGAAGACUGCAGUCAGGACGAGGAAAAGGAAACGAUUAGAUGAGCCUGAAGACAAGAUGCUGAGGAAGAGGGCGAGGAAGGGCGUGUGGGUGGUGAAGGGACAGGAGGACUCCCGGCUGAACGAGAACAACCUGAGGUUCAAGGUGAUCAAAGUGGACGGCUCCUUCACGGACGAGGAAGUGAGACGGAAAGCUCAGAAAAUUUUACGGGUGAAUUUGUCGCCUGUUAUAGAGAUCCGGCCGCUCAGUGCUUAUCCUGUAUAAACCAUUACUCGCUUUGAAAGGGAGCUCUGCAUGAUCCCUUCAAAAAAUGCUAUUUACAUUUUCUAUGAAGACGUUGCUGAGCCUGGAUUCCAUUGUGGAAGUACUUUUUAUUUAUUUUUAUUUUUAUUUUUAUUUUUUGGAUGGGUGGAUGGAAGGUCUUACGAUCAUUACUGAUAGUAACGGAUGCCUUGGCGUCCUGCAUAAAGGUUGAUAUGUGAUGACUGUUGUCUGAGGCACACUGUAGCGACAUGCAAACCGAAGGGCAGGUUCAACGGCCUUGUUCUUGUGUCUUCGCUGUGUGAAGCUCUGCACUUUUUUCACUUCAUACAGUUUCGGUCGAUAUGGUGCAAAUUUGAACUUGACAGUUUGAAAGAUAUUGCACUGUGAAAUGCCAUUUUCAUCCAUUUUGCUGAGGUUAAAAAAAAACCUAUGAUAGAAGCCAUGCCAUAUUACUAUGCAGUAUCUGUAGACACACUUUGCCAUAAUAAAACCAAGCAUAGUUUCUAACCAUUUUAAUUGCUCAUGCAUAUCGGAAGAUACUUAGGGCCAUGUCUCACAAACAGUGGAGUGAUAACUGUUACGAUUUCUUUUAAAUUGGAUUUCUAUUGCUAUAUUAAGUUUUCUUUUGUGUUUAAUUAUUUCUUGAGCAUGUUAAACUGUAUAUUAUUGCAUUGGAGCAUUGGAGCAUUGUAGAGUCUCUGAAAAUGCCUCUGAAAUGAAGGCAUGGGUAUACAUUGAUGCCAUUUUCAGUUUGGAAUAAACAUCUGACGUGAAUCUUGAAACAUUUUUACCGAAAGUGCACACUUUUGUAUUAUAAACAAACCAGUUUAUUUUAUUUGGGGGGACAAGAUUAAAUGGCCUUACUGUUUUGCAAAGUGAAAGUUGUUUCCAUUUACUGUGGACCAGAGGCAGAUGCUUGUGUUGCUGGCCCAUAUGGGCUGAACUUUUUAGAGCUUUGAAAGGGACCACUUAACUAGUCUUGGACUUGCGGGGUUAAACAUGUGUUUAAACAUGUGUAUGUGCACCCGCAGGGUUAAGCAUGUUUUCCCUGUG